AUGGAGCCAACUGGAAAGAUACUUUUCUUUGGGGAUUGUUCUUUGCCGAUAACGACAGCACUGUCUCAACUGCUGAGAUCCCAACAGACAAACACACUGCUUUCACAAUUUUUAUCAUCAUGCCAAAAUGUGCUUCAUGGGGAAGUCAAACAUCUUCCACCACGUGUUCGACAUGAUGCGUUGAGUUUCACGUCUUUCUUUGAUUUCCUGGACCCGAGAAACCAAGCAUCACGUAGCUUGAAGGUUCUAUCCCCGGCGCUGCUUGUUCUUGUUCAGUUGGGAAACUGCAUAUUAUGGUACGAAAGUCAUCCGCAAGUGGAGUUUCCUAACCCAAAUAACUCGGUACAUAUUGGUCUUUGCGUCGGCCAAUUGUCGGCGUCGGCAGUCGGCAUGUCUACAAGUGUGCUGGAGCUUGUCUCCCUUGGAGUAGAAGUUUUUAGACUUGCUAUUCGACUAGGGUCACUAGUCUUCACCACUGCGGGUGACUUGGAGGAUGACCAGGAUGAAGCUCCUUGGUCGUUUUCCGUGGACAAGGAAUUUAUAGAACGCUCAGAGUUGGCCUCUUUGAUUGGAGCACUGCGGCUUCCAUCUCGGAAAACAGCAUUCAUAACCGCUGAGUUUGAGCGAACCUUGACGGCGCAAGGAACUCCUUCAACAUUGGCUAGUUUGAAAAACAUCCUCCUCGAAAAGCUUGGUCCCGAAAAUCCGAGUCGUGCUGGAAGGCCAAUCCCUCUCUUCGCCCCCUAUCAUGCUCCACAUCUAUACAAAUCGAAAGAUGUAAUUAGCUUGAUUGAAAGUUUGAGCCCAGAGUUCUCAGAACUGAAACAGGAUAAGUCUCGGUCCCAUAUUCUGUCGGGUUCCAAUGGUGAGACGUAUAGCGAGGGCACUCACAAGCAGGUGCUGGGCCGGGCAGUGGAAGAUAUUCUUAUUUAUCCAAUCGCAUGGAAGGCACUCUGUCAGGGGGCUGCAAGCUCAAUCUCGAAGAAUAAUUUGUCACGCUGGGAGAUUCAAUGUUUUGGUCCAGUGCAUAACCAAAAAGCACUUGCAAACAACUUGAGCACCAAUACAGGUCUCAAUAUUACAUUGAGUGAUGCCUCCUCUCGCCAGGGUGGAGGUACAGAAGGACAACCACUGAACCGACCUUUGGCUGUUGUUGGAAUGGCAGGUCGAUUCCCCAAUUCCGAAAGUGUUGAUGAGCUCUGGAAGAUACUAUCGGAAGGUAUUGACUGUUGCAAGGUGAUUCCGAGUGAUAGAUUUGACCCGGCCAAAUAUGUCUCCAAGGAUGGCAGAGACAAGAACAAAAGCACAACAGAAUAUGGGAAUUUCAUGAAAAGUCCCGGCAUGUUUGAUGCUCGAUUUUUCAAUAUGUCUCCGCGGGAAGCCAUGCAGACAGAUCCUCAACAGAGAUUGGCCCUAGUAACUGCAUACGAAGCACUGGAGAUGGCAGGAUACGUACCGGGCCGCACAUCAUCAACGCAGAUGGAAAGGAUUGGCACGUUCUUUGGGCAGACGACGGAUGACUAUAAAGAUGUCAACGUUGUGCAAGAGAUAGACACUUACUACGUUUCUGGCGUCGUUCGUGCUUUUGGUCCUGGUCGAGUCUCUCGUGCGAACCAAUUUGGCGGCCCAAGUGUGAGCGUCGACACGGCUUGUGCUUCUAGUGCUACGGCAUUAAAUCUAGCUUGUGCAUCAAUUUGGAGCAACGAGUGCGACACAGCCGUUGUUGGAGGCAUGAUGCUUCUCAACAGCCCUGAUAUGUACGCGGGACUCUCCCGCGGGCACUUUGUCUCGAGUGAUGGGCCCUGCAAAACGUUUGACGACGAAGCGAAUGGCUACUGUCGCGGUGAAGCGGUCGCAAGUGUUGUACUCAAGCGCCUUGAUGCUGCCACGGCCGAUAAUGACAAUAUCCUUGGUGUCAUCCAAGCAUCUGCCACAAACUAUUCAGCAUAUGCAGCAUCAAUCACCCAGCCUCACGCUGGAGCACAGGAGACAUUGUUCCGAAAGGUUUUGUCUCAAGCAGGCGUUCAGCCUGAGCAUGUCGAUUAUGUCGAACUUCACGGGACAGGCACACAACUGGGAGAUUCUGUCGAGAUGGCAUCUAUAUUGAAUGUUUUGGCUCCUGAGUCCAACUCCGGUGCGAGAAGAAACCCACUUUACGUUGGCUCAAUCAAGGCAAACAUUGGCCAUGGAGAGUCAGCCUCUGGAAUAUCAGCUUUAAUUAAAAGUCUACUGCUAUUCCAGAAGCAGCAGAUUCCACCACACAUUGGCAUCAAGAGCGGUCGAAUCAACCGCACUUUUCCACCCUUGGAACAGAGAGGGGUCAGAAUUGCGGACAAGCUCAUUCCAUUUCCUGAGGUAUCUGGUCGAAAGAGAAGAAUCCUGAUCAAUAAUUUCGGAGCCGCGGGUGGGAAUUCGAGCUUUCUCCUCGCCGAAGGCGGCUCUAACUCAGAUUCUCCGAUCUCAACCUCGCCGCAGCGCGAUCAUGUGGUGAGCGUGACCGCGAAGACCGAAUCAUCUCUUCUAAGGAACCUGGUGAAUUUGACUGAUUAUCUCGAUAAAUAUCCCAAUACUUUGAUCGAGGAUCUCGCCUAUACGACCACUGCACGAAGAGUGCAAUACCCGCUGCGGGUCUCUAUCGUUGCUUCAACCAUCACGCAGGCCAAGCAGGCCCUACGCGCGACAUCCCAACGCCAAGCCCUCAAACCCUCCAGCAAAUCACAGAAUCUGGUGUUUGUCUUCACUGGCCAGGGUUGUCUCUCAUCAAACGUCGGGAAGAACCUUUUCGAAUCCAACCACACCUUCCGAUCAUACCUGAUGACACUCGAGCACAUCGCUAUUGAUCACGGAUUUCCCUCUUUUGUGCAAGAGAUUGUCACUGGACAAGAGGAAUUUGAUACACUCACCCCAGUUCAAACUCAACUGUGCCAUGUAGCCAUUCAAAUGGCGCUGGUCAAACUGUGGCUGUCAUGGAACAUCAAGCCUUCUUCCGUGAUUGGGCAUAGUCUAGGAGAAUAUGCUGCCUUGUUUGCCGCCGGUGCUUUGUCUGCAAGUGAUACAUUGUAUCUCGUUGGUCGACGCGCAACCCUUUUACAAAAGCUGUGCACCUCUUCGACCCACAAGAUGUUGGCUGUCAAGUUACCCCUGAACGAGGUUGAGAGUAUUUUGAUUGAUCGAGUGCAAAAUUAUGAGAUUUCCUGCCUAAACGGACCAUCAGAUAUUGUAGUCAGCGGUCCGACGGCCACCAUUCAAGAAGCGGAGAGGUUACUCAAGACGAAUGGGAUACCGUGCACCAUGCUGAAUGUCCCAUAUGCCUUCCACUCCUCUCAGGUCGACCCGAUACUGGCACCAUUCGAUAAAGAGGUCAUUUCAAUCCCUAUCUCCAGUUUGCGAGUUCCUCUUCUUUCAACAUUACUUGGAAUCACUCUCCAAGUCGGCGAUAAGAUAGAGCCAAGUUAUUUCACGCGCCACGCACGAGAGCCAGUCCAACUUUCGAAAGCCCUUAGCUCUGCGAAGGAGGAUGGCAUAAUCACAACCGAAUCCACAUUUCUGGAACUUGGCCCUCAUCCAGUCUGCCUAAACAUGAUUCGACCCACCCUUGAUUCUAGCAAUCAAUUCAUUUCGUCGCUUCAUCGAUCCGAAAACUGUGUUGCCACCAUCUCUAGAUCAUUGGCAGUUCUCAAUGACCAGGGAUUUUCACUUGACUGGACUGAAUACUACAACGCUUUCAAUUCCACUCCCAGACUGCUCAAUUUGCCAUCAUACGCUUUUGAUGAAAAGAACUAUUGGAUUCCGUAUCGGAAUGACUGGCUCUUACAACGUCAUGGAAACGAUGUGCCCCUUUCGUCAGAGAAGGCCUCCUCGAUUAUGACAACAACAGUGCAGCGAGUAAUCUCUUCAGUUGUUCAGGGGUCAAAUGCCACUGUAACCUUCGAGUCAGAUCUGUCCGAUCCAUAUCUGCAUAAGCUAAUUGCAGGCCAUGUUCUGAAUGGAAUCGCGUUAUGUCCGUCGGGAGUUUUCGCAGACAUUGCUCUCACUGUGGCAGAUCACUUCCGGAGACAUUUCUCUUUCCCCUGCCCUGUGUCAGGGAUGGAUGUUCUUGAUUUGGACAUGAAGAGCCCUGUCGUAAUGCCAGUCACCAGACCUACGGAGAGCAAGAUGCUUCGAAUUUUAGCAGAAGCAGACCUUGAGUCUGACUCGGUAAUUAUGCGCAUAGAAGCUUUGGAUAAUUCAACCGGGGCUUCCCAGGUUCAUGCAACCUGCAAAGUUGUAUUUGGAGACUCCGAUUCAUGGUCCCGUGCUUGGAAUAAAAAUGCUUAUCUGAUUCUCGAGAGAAUCCAAGAUCUCGAGUCCGGUCGAGGCACACUCCCAAGUCAAAUCUCUCACGAAAUGGUCUACAAGCUCUUCUCAAAUGUGGUCCAAUACGACAGUUGCUAUCAAGGCAUGAAGGAGGUGAUUGUGGAUUCGGAAAAGUUGGAAGCUGUGGUCUCACUGGGCCUUCAUCAAGCCAAUGACGCCGGAAAAUUCUAUUGCUGCCCUCUGUGGCUUGACAACUUGGCACAAAUCGCAGGGUUUGUGAUGAAUGCCAUUGGAACAGUCAAUCCCCGCGAGUUUACUUAUAUCUCCCAUGGCAUUGGCAGUUACCAGAUUGCUGAAGAGAUUGACCCAGCUAUUCCUUACCGCGCACAUGUGAGGAUGUUCCCCGAAGACAAAACAGUCUUUGUCGGCGAUGUUUCGAUCUUCCAAGGAAACCGGAUGAUUGCUCGAUGUGGUGAUGUCAAGUUCAAGAGGAUACCAAGGGCAGUGCUUGAAAGAAUCCUUUCCUCUUCAGCUCCCAGUCAAACUCCGAUAUCGCAUACUGGAAAUGUGACAAAACACAAGAUGGUGGAGAAUAUGCCCAGCUCAGCCUCAAGACAACAACGAAGCGGGGCGUCAACUAUUUCUAGUCUCAAGAAGCUACUUGCUUCACAGAUUGGCAUCCCCGAAGAUGAACUUCGGGAUGACAGCGCUUUUGCUGGGCUUGGAGUAGACUCACUGCUGUCCAUGACAAUCCUGCAACGAAUUCAAACUUCACUCAAUCUGCAACUUCCGUCGUCUUGUUUCGCUGAUCUACCUACCUUCGGUGAUUUCCGCGACUAUGUCCUGCAGUGUUUACCUGGCCAAUCGACAGACAAUAUGCCUUUGACUCCGACUUCAAGCAGUUCCGAGUCACCCAUUUCCUCCCCUCCGACCGAAUGCGACAUACCACUCACCCCUUCACCCAAUUUAAAGCUCCAAGAGAUUUACACGAUUAUUGCGAGCGAGAUAGGUGUCGAUAUUCAAGAGGUUCUGGCGAUUGAAGAUCUAUCAACACUUGGUCUCGAUUCAAUGAUGGCAAUUUCGAUACUCGGAGCCCUGGAGGAUAAGAUCGGAGUUCUACUCCCAUCCGACAUCUUUGAGUCUGCUACCGGCCCAAACAUUCACGACGUGUUGAGUCAAAUGUUUGAUGAUUCGCAUGACUCGUCGAGACCAGACAAUUCGAGUGUCAGUUCUUCGCAUUCCGCGAACAGGAGAUCCUCGCUUCCCUCGUCUAUCAUUCUCCAGAGAGACGGCUCAUACGAUAAAACCCUCUUUCUGUUCCCUGAUGGCAGUGGUCUUGCGAGCGCAUAUGCAAAGCUGCCCCAGAUUUCACCUCGAGUCCGAGUUUGUGGCCUGAACAGCCCCAUCCUGUACUCUACCAGUGAGAUUCAGUUAGACAUGGAGGUUAUAGUGACGAUGAUGGUCCAGGUAAUUCGUGAACAACAGCCGCACGGUCCAUAUCUGCUAGGUGGAUGGUCUGCUGGCGGUCUAUACGCCGUCGAAGCAACUAGGAAACUACUGCAGUUGGGCGAACAGGUUGAUGUAUUGAUUAUUAUCGAUUCACCCUGCCCUCUACAUUAUCCUGCUAUGCCUCCCUCUUUCUUGGACUUGAUUGCAGGACGUCGUUCUCUGAGUGCAGAUGUCAGAAAACACUUCCUGCAAACGAUCAAUGUUGUCAAGGGGUAUUCGCCUAGUCCUCUUCCAUCUACUGGGUCGAUGCAAACUAUGCUCAUAUGGGCAGAAGAGGGCCUUGAAAAGGAACUAGAUGGUUGCUGGCAGAAUACUCAUCUCGACUACCAAAAUCCACUUGUGGAGUGGCUGGUCACAAGAAGUGGACCGCUGGAUGCAUUGGGCUGGGACAAGCUCCUCCCGGGUACUGAGCUUCAGAUCAGACAUACGCAAGGCAACCAUUUCAACAUGAUUCAAGAUCAAAACGCUGGCUUCUUAGGCGCCGUAAUUACAGAGGCGCUCAGUCGUGCUGGAAACUCCUCUCAAAGCGAAGAAUAG